GAUUUUCCAGAAAUAAUAUUCGCAAACAAAAUGAUGAACAUCUCAGAUUUAUUUCCUAAUACCAUUUAAUAAGAAGAAACGCAACAUACAGUAUUAUUUUUUUUUAAAAACACACACUCAUUAUUCAUGUCUUUAAUGACAGCGGAUUUAUCAAAUCAAAUCCCAACAGUAUUAAUAAUGCUAGGAAUUAUCUGUCUAGUUGGAAUAUUUGGCAAUACACUUGUGAUCAUUGUUUAUGCUUUGAAACAAGAUCGUUUAACUGCUACAUUAUUCAUUCUUGUUUUAGCUAUAUCUGAUUUCUUAGCUUGUGUUACAUUGAUUCCUGGCACAAUGAUCAUUGAAUACCUUGAAUGGAAUAUUGAUUCAACAUUCUUAUGUAAAUUUUAUUAUUUUAUAAAUAAUACUUUUAUUCCAUUCAGUAGUUUAUUAAUCAGUUGUAUAGCGUUUGAUCGAUAUUUUUGUUUAUGUCAUCCAUUUAAAAAUAUUUUGACAAGAGAACGAGCAAAACGAGUCAUUUUAAUUUUAAUUUUCAUAUGUUCAAUAUUUGGAUUUAGUUCAACAUUUACUGUACGCGUUGAACAAGUUCAUUUUGAAAGUAAUAUGAACAAUAAUGAUAACAGUGUUUAUAACUAUAAUAAUAAUAAUCGUUACACAAAUACAACUACAGAUCAUAAUACAACAAGGACAUUUGAUUAUUCAUUGAGUUUAUUACAUAAAAAUGAAAAAUUCGAAUGUACAGAAAUAUUAAAAUUAAAUCAUACAGUGAUAGAAACAGUUCUUUAUCAAAUUGUACAAAAAAGUCAAACUUGCAGUUACAUUCUAUGUAUUCUAUGUGUGGUCACACUUUACAUAUUGAUCUACCGUUCAGUAUCCAAAGUUUUUAGAAAACGUUUAGAAUUAAAAGGUGUGAAAAAACAAGAUAAACAUCAUGCCAAAAAUAAUACAACUGAUGAUAAACACAAUAAUAAAAACAAUAAUAAUCAUAAUCAUACUAACAAAAAGAACAAUUGUAAAUUUGUAAUUAGAAAUCCUUUUAAUUUUCACCCGACAAACACAAAUAAAAGUUCUGUGAAAAUUAAAUUAACAAGCCAAGAAAAUGUAUCGCCACAUUCUGAAUUGGAUCCAUGUAUCGAUAACACAGUAUCUUCCACAUCAAACUGUAUGAAAACAUUGAAAAAAUUUAUUUUUAAAUCAUGCCACACAUCUGAAAUGAAAAAUAAAACAUCUAGUGACAAGGAAACAUUGGAAAAAUUCGAUCGAUCACAACAAGGACAACUAAUCAAAUCGAAUUCAUCAAUUUCUAUAAACGGUUCUAAUUUAAUCAAUGCACCACACACAGAAACCAUUACGGUUCAACCGAUUACAUUCAAUAAUGAAACACAUCUUAUGAUAAAUGAAGAGAGAACACGUCGUUCCAUGAAAAUCAUUAAAGAUAAUAUUGCAUUUCAAAAUUUAAAAACCGCUGCAAUGUUAUUUGUUGUUGCAGUUGUUUAUAUUGUCACAUUUAUACCGGCUAUGUUAAUGGCUAUUCAAUAUGUUCCAUUGUAUUUGCCAAUUUUUUAUUUAUAUUAUAUAAAUAAUGCAAUUAAUCCAAUUAUUUAUGGAUUUAUGAAUCCAAAUUUUCGUGCAGAUAUUCAUGUACUAAUUUGUCAAAAGUUUAAAUGUAUGUAAAUAUCUUCUUUUCAAUGAGAUACAACGAAUAUUUAUUUAUAUAUUAAUACAUGCAUAUAUGUAUCAAUUUGGUUGAACUCAACAGUGAUGAAUGCGGUCAUCCGAUGCAUUGCUUAAAAUGAUACAGUUGUAUAGAGAGGAAAAAAUGAAAAAGAAUCUAAUCUUAUUCUAAAUAAAUGUCGAUCAGUUCUUAUUGCACUGAAAGAGUUGAUAGACAUAUAUUUUAUUUGCAUGUUUACAUUCGCCUUGCAGAGAAAUUCAAUAAGAAGAGGAUUUGAUGUUUGUCGAUUUCAAUUUGUAAAUAAUUUCCAAUGCAUUGCACAUGCAUUUUCUCAUAUCUAUCAUCAUGAAUAGUGUUGGUAACUUUUUACAUGUACAUAUAGC